AUGCUCGGGCAUUCUGUGUACACAGCAGGGACCAAGACAGCCCAAUCCUCCCCUCAUGGGGCUCAGAUCCCAGCAGAAACCCUCUACUACAUCUUCACUCACCCAACAAACCGUCCCCGGGCGCCGCGCGUCCUGCCCGGCCCGCGGCCCCAGCCCUCGCGCCGCUCCCCUGCCCCGCGGCCGUCCCCGGACCGUGCGGCCUCGCCGCGCCGCCCGCCGCGCGUGUGCUUCGGUCGCGGCUGGCCCGGGCCGCCCGCCCCUGGCCGGGCCAUGCCGAGUCGCCGCGUCGCCAGACCGUCCGCUGCGCCGGAGCCGGGAGCCCUGGGGUCCGCCGACCUCUCCUCGCUCUCGCUGGCCGCUUCCAGGACCACGGAUGAAUUGGAGAUCAUCGACGAAUACAUCAAGGAGAACGGCUUCGGCCUGGAGGAGGCGCCGUCGGGCCCGGCCGAGGGGCCGCCGCGCCUGGUGCCUCGCGGGGGCGCCCCGCCGCUGAGCGCGCUGAGCACCGUCACGCUGGGCCCCGCCGCGCCGCCGCCCCCCGCCCCGCCGCCGCCCUGGGGCUGCCCGCUGGGCCGCCUGGUGGCCCCGGCCCCGGGCCCCGGGCCGCGGCCGCACCUGGUCAUCACCGAGCAGCCCAAGCAGCGCGGCAUGCGCUUCCGCUACGAGUGCGAGGGCCGCUCGGCCGGCAGCAUCCUGGGCGAGAGCAGCACCGAGGCCAGCAAGACGCUGCCCGCCAUCGAGCUCCGGGAAUGUGGAGGGCUGCGGGAGGUGGAGGUGACCGCCUGUCUGGUGUGGAAGGACUGGCCCCACCGAGUGCAUCCCCACAGCCUUGUGGGGAAAGACUGCACCGACGGCGUCUGCAGGGUGCGGCUCCGGCCUCAUGUCAGCCCCCGGCACAGCUUUAACAACCUGGGCAUCCAGUGUGUGAGGAAGAAGGAAAUUGAGGCCGCCAUUGAGCGAAAGAUUCAACUGGGCAUUGACCCCUACAAUGCUGGGUCCCUGAAGAACCAUCAGGAGGUGGACAUGAAUGUGGUGAGGAUCUGCUUCCAGGCCUCAUACAGGGAUCAGCAGGGACAGAUGCGCCGAAUGGAUCCAGUAUUAUCUGAGCCCGUCUAUGACAAGAAGUCCACAAACACGUCAGAGCUGCGGAUUUGCCGAAUCAACAAGGAGAGUGGGCCGUGCACGGGGGGCGAGGAGCUCUACCUGCUGUGUGACAAGGUGCAGAAAGAGGACAUAUCGGUGGUAUUCAGCAGGGCCUCCUGGGAAGGCCGGGCUGACUUCUCGCAGGCUGAUGUGCACCGCCAGAUCGCCAUCGUUUUCAAGACACCUCCGUACGAGGACCUGGAGAUCAUCGAGCCAGUGACUGUGAAUGUCUACCUGCAGCGGCUCACUGAUGGGGUCUGCAGCGAGCCUCUGCCCUUCACGUACCUGCCCCGGGACCAUGAUAGCUAUGGUGUUGACAAGAAGCGGAAACGGGGGAUGCCUGAUGUCCUUGGGGAGCUGAACAGCUCUGACCCCCAUGGCAUCGAGAGCAAACGGCGGAGGAAAAAGCCGGCCUUCCUGGACCACUUCCUGCCCAGCCAUGGCUCAGGCCCAUUCCUGCCGCCAUCAGCCCUGCUGCCAGACACAGAGUUCUUCCCCGGCACCGUGUCCCUCCCCGGCCUGGAGCCCCCCGGCGGGCCGGAUCUCCUGGACGAUGGCUUUGCCUACGAUGCCACGGGCCCCACGCUCUUCAACAUGCUGGACAUGCUGACCCCGGCACCCCCCCUCGCCAGCGCUGUCAUGGGCAACGGAGGUGCCGGGGCCGCGGUCGGGGAGUCCCCCGGCCCCGAGCCACUAACGCUGGACUCUUACCAGACCCCGGGCCCCGGGGAUGGGGGCACUGCCAGCCUCGUGGGCAGUAACAUGUUCCCCAACCAGUACCGCGAGACGGGCUUUGGGGGCGGCCUCCUGUCCCCGGGGCCUGAGGCCACGUAGCCCUCGCGGAGAGGCCUGGGUGGGGGGCGCGGUGGACGGGGCGGGGGCACUCAGCCCGCACGGCCGCCACGCCCGCCGCCCGGAUCAGUCUUCCGACCUUUUCCUUCUGAAGUGGACAUCUUCAACGCUGGCCAGCAGCUCCGUCGCUUCGGUUUCCCCUUGAGCCUAUUUACAAAAGAGAAAACCGAGUCCGGAGAGAACCGAGGGCUUGGGGCGCCGCGUCGGCCCCCACGAGCGGGGCACCUCCUCCGGGCGGGCGCUGCGGAGGACACGCGGGAGGAGGGUGCAGGCCCCUCGCCCUCGCCCCCAGGCCUCAAGGUGGGGGGUGGGGGCUGGUGGGUUGUUCAGAGUCUUCCCAAUAAAGAUGAGUUUU